AUGUUAAAAACUGAAGAUAGCGAGUCGUCUGCUGAUAAGUUUAAGAAAUUUUUAUCCCAAUAUUUGUAUUCACCUUCAAAUGUAACAACUAUAGUUCCGAAUCAGGAUACUACUACGCCUUCCAUAAUAAAGACGCGUAAAAAAAAUACGAGGACCGCCGUAACAUUAAAAGUUCGUUCUGCUACACCGUAUUGUAAAGCAAAAAAUAAUUUUCAGACAAAAGAAAUUCAAAAUAGUGAUCCGCAAAGUUCACUAGUAACUUUAGAUACUGAACUUGACGUUCUGAAUGUUCCUGAUAUUAUAGAUUUUAAUUUAAAAGGAAAACGCAGCGCAGAAACUGGUCACCACUUUGCUCAUCAUUCGAAUCAUUUUUAUUCAUGUCUUGUUGAAUGCGGUGCAACCAAUAAUGAGAACGUUACGUAUAAAGAUGACAGAACUUUCAUAAAUCGAUUUAAAAUUGGGAUUAUUAAUGUUGUAAAUCGUUGUACGCGUUCUUCCGCCGAUUUAUCGACAAUCGAACUACGUAACGGUAUCCCAACUCUAUUACAAAAAGUAAAAUUUUAUAAGCCAAAAAUUCUGUGCUUCAUAGGAAAAUGUGCCUUCGAUGCGUUUGAGUAUAUGAUUCAAUCGAAUGGCACCAAAAAGAAGUUUAAAAACUUUGGAUUACAGUCUUAUCAAAUAUUUUGGAAUGAUGAUUAUGAGGAAAAGAAUGGAUAUACAAAAGUUUUUGUAAUUCCUUCAACUAGUGCUAGAGUUAAGCACUAUCAAAAAUCCGAUAAAUUAAAAUAUUUUAAAGAAUUAAAAGAAUUAAUGGAUCA